ACUUAUAAGUAUUUAAAUUACUGUUACGAAAUGACGUGUUUUUUGAAGUACCAGUUCAACAACGUUUCAAAAUAUAAACGGUACCCAACCUUAACUCUAUCUACUGUAUGAGACACCAUCCAUUUACAAUUGUGAGAUCUAUUUAAGCAUUUCUACUGGCACAUUUUGGUUUGACAAAGGAACUCCGCAGCAGGGGAGUAAAAUGAAGGGUAGGAAAGCCUCCCGGGGAGUUUUUACACUCUGGGCAAUUAAGCUCUUUGACUGACAGCACAGUGCCAAAAGGCUGAGAGGCGCGCUCUGAUUGGCUGAUCCGUACUUUACAACCUCUUCUUUUGCUCUUGUGUCCACCACUUGAGGGCCAGACUCCCCGGAGAAGCACGACGCGUAGGGGAAUCUUACCUCAACUUUCAUUGCAUUUCUUCAUGAAGUAAGGCGCCCCUGGAGUUUCCACACCGCUUCCAAGAAGUUCAAAUAAGCGUUUAGGAUGAUCCGCUUCGCUGUGACAGUGGCGUUCCUGGCAGUCUGCAGAGCGUCCGAGUACGAGUAUCUGAGCUGGAAGUCGGACUCGUACAACGGAGGGCGCAGCUACGGCAAGCCCCCACAGUGCGUGGACAUCCCGGAUGACCUGCGGCUGUGCCACAAUGUAGGCUACGGCCAGAUGUUGUUACCCAAUCUGUUGGAGCAUGAAACCAUGGCGGAGGUGAAGCAGCAAGCUAGCAGCUGGGUGCCCCUGGUGCAUAAGAACUGUCACCCGGGCACGCAAGUCUUCCUCUGCUCGCUCUUUGCGCCGGUCUGCUUGGAGCGACCCAUCUACCCUUGCAGAUGGCUGUGCGAAGCCGUGCGAGACGGCUGCACCCCCAUCAUGGAGGCGUUUGGCUUCCCCUGGCCGGAGAUGCUCACCUGCGACAAGUAUCCCCAAGACGACGUGUGCAUCGCCAUGUCUCAACUUAAUGCCACCGAGGCCACCAAACAGACAGGUUACUCCCCCAUCUGCCCUCCCUGUGACAACGAAAUGAAAACAGAUGCAAUGCUCGAGCACAUGUGUGCCAGCGAGUUUGCAUUCAAGACCAAGAUCAAGGAGGUCAAGAGAGAGAACAUGGACCGCAAGAUCAUCUUUCAGAAGAGGAAGAAGAUUUUGAAAGCCGGCGGCCUGAAAAAGAAGGACACGAAGAAGCUGGUCAUGUACUUGAAGAACGGCGCAGACUGCCCCUGCCAGCAACUGGACAACCUGGGGAACCAGUACCUCAUCAUGGGCCGUAAAGUGGACAAACAGUUCCUUCUCACGGGCAUCCACAAGUGGGACAAAUCCAGCAAAGAGUUCAAAAAGGCCGUCAAGAAACUGAAGACCCACAAGUGCCCUGCUUUUGAGAACGUCUUCAAAUAAGAUGACCUCUGUUUUUUUUUUUUUUUUUUGGUCAUGUCUUCUCCUGCAUAUGAACUUGCACAAGCAUUAAACUCCGAUACUUUGUUUUUUUUUUUUUAUGUCUUGUUUAUACCUAUACAUUUUUAUGUUUACAGAUAUAAUUUUAAGCGUCCCUUUUACAAUUAAUGAAUGUUUGAUGACAAAUUGAAAAGUUACAGUAAGAUGACUUGUUUUCCAACUUCCAUAACAUACAGUAUACAGUAUUUAGAUACUAUCACACUUAAAUAGUACAUUUCAGCUCAUUUUGCUUGCAACCGCCGCUGCUUACUUGUAUUGCUAUUCACAUACAGUACAUAUAAUUAAAAAUACACCAAGUGCUCAAAAGGUUUUAAGUGACCAGAAUAUUGCUUAUAUGGUACUACAAUUCAUACACAACUGUAUAAUGAUUAGUCUGUAAUACAUACAUUAACAAUAUGUACUGUAUUCAUACAAAUGGUCCAAAAAAUUGUCCUUUGAUUUUGCAUUUGUGUUAAUCGUUUUGAUGUUAAGUUGAACACACGUAAUUCGCCGUGUUUUCUCGCUGAUGUUUUAAUGCGAUUUCGUGUCAGGAUUUGAACGUGGGUUUCUGACUAUUAUGUGUACAUACAAAUUUUACAUAAAU